UUGAAGGGGCGGGUCUUCAGUCACGUGGUCCUCCGUGGUUCUGAGCUCCAUCCGACAUUGGGCUGUCGGUUCUGCAGGCAGAGGGCUUUCUACCGGAGUGCCGCUGAGCAAAGAGCUGACGGACCCACAGCAGCAGCUGCAGUUCAGGUGACAACACCGAGUUUCCUACAGGUGUUCAACUCCAGCAGGCGACAACAGCGGUGUCAUGUGAGGCGAUGCUCGCUCAGCCACCAUGCCCAGUGUCACGCUGCGGUACUUCUGUUAUGGCUGCCUCGUCACCUCGGCCACCUGGUCCGUCCUCCUCUACCUCUACUUCUUUAUGGGGGCGGAGCCUAGCAGGAACCCCGUGCAGCACCGCAGCCAGCCAAUCAGCAGAGGCGUGUCUGAUCAGCAGGCGGGGCGGCGCCCUCCUCCAGCCAAUAAGGGGGCGGAGCUGUCCCCAGAGAUGGGGAUGAUCUUUAACGAAGCGGACCAGGAGGUCCGAGACUCCGGCUACCACCGCCACGCCUUCAACGUGCUCAUCUCCAACAGACUGGGCUACCACCGAGAGCUUCCCGACACCAGAGACCCGCAGUGUCGGCUCAGGUCCUACCCGCUGGCUCUGCCUGCUGCCAGCGUGGUGAUCUGCUUCUUCAACGAGGCGAUGUCCGCCCUGCUCAGGACCGUCCACAGCGUGCUGGACCGGACCCCGGCCUACCUGCUGCACGAGAUCAUCCUGGUGGACGACCACAGCGAGCCAGGCGAGCUGAAGGACGAGCUGGACCGGUACGUGAGGAAGGAGCUGCAGGGCAAAGUCAAACUGAUCCGGAACCAGCAGAGAGAAGGACUCAUCAGAGGGCGGAUGAUCGGAGCCUCCCAGGCUACAGGUGAGGUGCUGGUCUUCCUGGACAGCCACUGCGAGGUGAACGAGGCGUGGCUGCAGCCGCUGCUCGCCCCCAUCAAGACGGACCGCCGCAACGUGGUGUGCCCCGUCAUCGACAUCAUCUCCGCCGACACGCUGGCCUACGCGCCCUCGCCCAUCGUCAGGGGCGGCUUCAACUGGGGGCUCCACUUCAAGUGGGACCCCGUGCCCCCCUCCGCCCUGAGCGGCCCCGAGGGGGCAUCGGGCCCCAUCAGGUCCCCCACCAUGGCCGGCGGCCUGUUCGCCAUGGACAGGAAGUACUUUAACGAGCUCGGCCAAUACGACGCAGGAAUGGACAUCUGGGGAGGAGAGAACCUGGAGAUCUCCUUCAGGAUCUGGAUGUGCGGCGGGCAGCUGCUGAUCGUGCCGUGCUCCAGAGUGGGACACAUCUUCAGGAAGAGGAGGCCCUACGGCUCCCCGGGGGGGCAGGACACCAUGGCCCACAAUUCCCUGAGGCUGGCCCACGUCUGGAUGGACGGCUACAAGGAGCAGUACCUGGCCCUGCGGCCUGAGCUGCGUGGCCGCGCCUACGGGGACGUCAGCGAGCGCGUGGCGCUGAGGACGCGGCUGCAGUGCCGCUCCUUCCAGUGGUACCUGGACACGGUCUACCCCGAGAUGCAGGCCGCCGCCGGCAGCAGGCAGCAGCCGCUGUUCGCCAACAAGAGCCUGAGGCGGCCCAAAGUCCUGCAGCGAGGCCGGCUGCGUAACCUGGCGGGGGGGCGGUGCCUGGUGGCGCUGGGCCGGGUCAGCCAGAAGGGCGGCGCCGUCGUCCUGAGGCCGUGUGACCCCCGAGACCCGGAGCAGGACUGGACCUACGACGAGGACGGCCAGCUGGUUCUGGCGGGUCUGCUGUGUCUGGACGUGUCGGAGGUCAGAACCGCCGACCCCCCCCGGCUGAUGAAGUGUCACGGGUCGGGCGGCUCGCAGCAGUGGAGCCUGGGGAAGUCCAACCGGCUCUACCAGGUGUCGGUGGGCCAGUGCCUCGCCGUGUCCCGCCUGACCGGACCCAAAGGCCUCGUCUCCAUGGCGAUCUGUGACGGUUCUGAGGCGCAGCAGUGGCAGCUGGAGGGCUGACGGGGGGCCCAGUUCUGUCCGGAGGACCCGGUUCUGUUCGGACGACCCGGUUCUGUCCGGAGGACCCGGUUCUGUCCGAAGGACCCGGUUCUGUUUGGACGACCGGGUUCUUUCCGGAGGACCCGGUUCUGUCCAGACGACCCGGUUCUGUCUGGAGGACCCGGUUCUGUCCAGACGACCCGGUUCUGUCUGGAGGACCCGGUUCUGUCCGGAGGACCCGGUUCUGUCCAGAGGACCCGGUUCUGUCCAGACGACCCGGUUCUGUCUAGACGACCCGGUUCUGCACAGACUGGUUCACAGAGGUCCAGUGAAGUUCUGGACCUCAGACCAUCAUGUUCUGGUUUUUAUCUGUUAGGUUUUAUUGGAGGUUCUGAGAGGUCCAGAAGAACCUGAGGUGGAACCUGGAAUCUUCUCUGCUGGUUUUAAACUUUUUAUCUUCAAUAAAAUCUCCUGAACGCCU